AUGUCUUCUGGCUUCAGCAUCGACGUGGUGUUCGACCGCUCCACGGUGUACAGACUUUGGGAAACGACCGUACUGCCGCACAACCUUAUCGUGAGGAUCUCCAGUCGCCGUGUCGCAAAACACAUACCAAACAACGCGAACAACCAUCCGAUUCACGGCAACUAUGGCGACAAAAAGGUGUACCAUGGAGUUCUUAAUGCGUAUGCCCUCCCCACUACGCCCGUGGAAUCCCAACAGGUCGCAGUGAAGUGGGUUCGUGGAAGAAGCGCGGUUGAAAAUUUGAGAUACGAGGCAAGUCUGUACGACGGCAUCCUAAGUCCCUUGCAAGGCACGAUCGUGCCAUGGAUCCAUGGUUUCUUCUCCGGGGUCAUAGAUGACGUCAACGUGGGCUGUCUUGUAAUGGAGUGGUGCGAAGGGAAUCGCCAGGGGAGGCCGGAAGAAAUCAACCGGCUACGCAUGCUGGCCGUGUCUCUCCUUCACAGAGUGGGGAUCUACCACGGUGAAUUGCUCGAUGGCCACCAUAUGCGCGUUCAUCCAGAUGGCUCCAUUCGUGUCAUUGAUUAUUCAAAUGCGUUCGUGCAUGCUUGCCGUGGAGAGACCCCAUGUCUGCUGAACGAGAAGGAAGGAGAGGUUCCCGUCCGAUGUAGAGAACUGUACGAAAUGGAACGGCUUUAUGGCAAGAGGGCUUAG